GUCGUCUUCUUCCGCAGCGUCUCGUUCAAUUUCUCCGGAUCGAGAGACGAUUCGCGCCAUUCUUUCUUUCUUUUGCUUCUUUCCUUCAGUGAUUUCCGGUUCGAAAUUAUAUUGGUGGUGACUUGUGAACGAAAGAAACGAAUGUAUAUAUAUAUAUAUUUGCACUCGAUUGUUGUAACUCGUCUUCGAGUAUAAUUAAUAAUUUAUCAGCAUUGCGACCGACCAUUGGAAGAGAUCGAGAGACGAUUCGCGCCAUUCUUUCUUUCUUUCUUUUGCUUCUUUCCUUUAGUGAUUUCCGUUCGAAAUUAUAUUGGUUGAUGAUGACUUGUGAACGAAAGAAACGAAUGUAUAUAUAUAUAUUUACACUCGAUUGUUGUAACUCGUCUUCGAGUAUUUAAUAAUUUAUCAGCAUUGCGACCGACCAUUGGAAGAGAUAACAAUCGAAAAGAAUAUAUUUACGGAUGAAUCACCGACACGAAGAACAAAAAGGAGCAAGGUUUCGAUUAAAUCUCGAGAUCUCUGAAUUUGUAAUUUGAAAAGAAGAAGAAAAAGAAAUCUCGAGAUUGUUCUUUCCUUCCAAUUAAAAAGAAAAAAAAAUCGAUGUUCAUUCACGUUUCGAUCCGACGAAACGUAAUAAUUUCUCAAAAGAGAAGAGACUCGUUUUUUUACAAGAGGCGAGAGAAAGAAAAAAAUCGAUCCGCUUCCGCGUCGCGAAAAUAAAUGACGAGAAAUUAAAUGGGAAGAAAGGGAAGGAGAGAAGAAGGCAGAGGGAGAAAAGAAAGGAGAAACGAAUUUGAAUUUUGAAUCGUGUUUACGUUGCAAAGAGCGGGCCACCUGAGCGUUUCGAGGGCAAGGACUGAGGUUCAGUGUCUCGGUGACCGUGCUUCGGCCAAGUCGACGACCACGCCACCGCGUCUCUCCCUUAAAACCGUCCCGUCUUUUCUAAUCUUUCUUCUCUCGUUUCCUCUCCUUCUCCUUCCUCCCUAUCCUCCUUUUCUAUCCAUCCUCUGCGCCGACGCGUGUCCUCGCGUUCCGCUCGUUGCAGAUUUUUUUUUCGAGAAGCUGUUACGCGGUUCAAGUCGUCGGUAUUGGUGCGUGACACGUGUCGGAUUAACGAUUAGGAUUCGUUCGUCGCGGGGAAAGUUGCGAAAGUUGAUCGACGACUAAUAUGAUAAGAAGAUGACGUCAUUGGUACAGAGGGAUGUGGCGCCAACGCGGAAGAGGGAAUCGACCAGCAGCAAUGCUUCCAGUUAUCUGAUGCUGCUUAAUUCCCUGGCGACCGAUUUGGACUGCAUGCUGAGCGAGCUCUGCACGACCCCGAAUUCCUACGAGCGGAGCGAUGUCUUCCUGGAACCGUAUCUGCAGCAGCACGGAACCGUUCAGGUCGUCAGCUCGCCGAGCACGCCUCCGCCGAACCCGCUGCAGCAUCAUCAGCUCACGCAGCUGCAUCAUGUACAGAGCGAGGAGUCGCUUUCCUCGGAAGGGUCGGCCACCUCGGGUGGAUCUUCGAGCUCGACGGAAGAUUCUGGCAGCGAGGUCGCGUGCGACAUCACCCUGAUCGAGAGGCUUAUACGCUCCCAUCCGAUCUGGUUCCUUCCUGGCAUCCAAAGAGCAGGCGCUUUCCACUUGUUGCAAGGCAAAGAGGAAGGGAACUUCGUGGUCCGGCAGUCGAGUCAGAGCGACACGAUGGCCCUGUCCGUUCGAUUGCCAGCGGGAAAGGGGCCGUACAUCGAGCACUACCUGAUCCAAGCCAACAAGGGGAAGCUGAGCUUGGAGACUAGCGAGAACAGGUUCGACAACAUCCCCUCGUUGAUCGCCCACUAUUCUCAGUGCUGUGACGAAUUGCCGGUCCAAUUGACACUGCCAAGGGCGAUGCGCGAGGCCAAGAACAGGCAACAGCUGUCCUCGUUGGCGCUUCUGGGUCAAGAAUUCUGGAGAUACCCGAUGGCGAAUCCAAAGCCUCCGGAGAGCAGCAGCAGCAACACGUCCAGCUUGAGCAGCUUUCGAGGCGGUAACAACAAUUUGAACAACAACAAUAACAAUGUCCACACUCCGACGACGGAGAGUAUCGUGCUAAAUUUAGCGCCCAUUUCGUCGCACGAAACACGAGGCUCGUCACCUACAGCAGCUUUGACGACCACGACGACGACGUUCGCCUCGUCGUUGCCCCGGCAACCUCGGCCAACUCCGCCCAACACCCUUAAUCUGACAACGUUCAACGAGCCUCUCGAUCUGAAGAAAGAGAAACUCUCGCCAGGCGAGAAAUUAUCCCAGAAACUGAUCUCCCCGAACCUGGUCCAAAGCGUGAGAUGUCCCUCCCCCGUGGUGCACAACGUGGAGAGCAACGUGCUCAGCCCGGUCCAGGAUACGAAAGUGAGCUUCGAGGCGAAGAGCAACUUGGCGGAGACGUCCAAGUCGACGGUGGUCGAGCUGUCCAGGACCAAGUUCUCCUCCGUCACCACAACCUCCAUCUCGAAUUUUCACCAAAACCCUGUGUCCACCCUGAAUAACUUCUCCUGCGCCACGUCUCCCGUGCUGCCUGAAAUCAGGGGCAUCAUAGCGCAGGAGAAUCAUUCGCAGAACGUGAAGACGCCUCCGCCUCCGCCCCCGAGAUGGGCGAAACCCGGAAUCGGGCAGAAUCAGCAGAACAACUUCAGCGUCACCGCCACGGUCACGUUCAAUCUGAAUCACGCGAACGAUGUCAGCAGUUCUCAGAACACCCCAUCGGAUCCCAACACGUCUCUGCUGAGCCCGCAGAGCGCCACGUCGAACAAGUCUCUGAUAUCAAACUUCUCCUCGGUGAAGUCGCCCCUGUCCCCGACGACACCCGUACUCUCGCCGAUGUCGAAGCUAGUCCCGAACACGGGCGUGAAGACGCCCAACGUUCUGUCGCCGACCACGCCAUCCAGCACGAGCAAGUCGAAGAGGAGGCGGGACCGGGAGGCGAGGAAGAACUCGCAGCACUAUCAGGAGUCGGACAUCCUCGAGUCCUAUUAUCGAAGCUCGCCAGGGGACAAGAUAUCGGAUUACGAGGACAUCUGGAACACGACCGACCAGUCGAACCACUCGACCUGGUCGCCCAACGACAAGCUGGCGAGGAACGAUGGGCCGGCGAAUCCUCAGGAUCGAUUGAGAAACUCGAACGACCGGCUGAUGGUCCCGGAGAGGGCCGUCGCGAACUCGGCCGAGAGAAAUUUGAACGAGCGAGCGAACGAGCAGUUGAUAGUGAGGAACGAGAGGAUGAUAGUGAGGAACGACAAGUCGAUCGGGAACGAGAAGUUGAGUUACAAGGAGAUGACCAGCCCGGAGUUCAGCAGCUUCAAGCCUGUCCAGGAGGCGAAGUUCGUGGAGCAGAGCAACGGAUCGCCGGAGGAGACGGGGAUGGGAAGAAGACCUGACUUGUUGUCUCGAGUUUCAGGCAGCGCGAAUUCCUUGAACAGUCCAAGCACGGUAACGCCGCCCAGGAACAAACUAGGUUUAAUGCUGGCCAAGUCGGAGAGCAACAGCCCGUUGACGCCUGAAUCGAAGCAGGGAAGCCCGUUUUACGCGGAGCCGGCCGACGCGAUCGCGCAGAACGCAGCGAUAAUACCGAGAAGGCGGCCCAGGAACAAUCCGGCCACGAACAAGUAUCGGCACAGCGAGCCGGGCUGGCUACAGACGCCCGCGGGCGCGAACUCGAGUCAACUGCACCCGAUCGACUGGGAGGAGCCCGAGGAAACGGAGGAUAAGACGCCUUUGAUCUCCUCCUCCGUCGACAACCUGGCCAAACGGCUCGGCACUAAGGAGACCAAAAAGAUCCCGCGCGCCAAGCCUGUGCAACCGCCAAAGAUCAGGACCAAGGUGUUCAACGAUACUUCCUGGGCUGUGGAUUCCAGCUGGGAGUUUAUCGGCAACGAAGGGGACGAUUGCGAGCCUGACUAUGACUGUGAUGCGGAUUACGAGGGUGAUAACGUGGCCAGAAAGUUUCCGGACGAGGAGUGUGACAGGGACGUUGUUGGGAACACUUUAACCGUUCAGAGUAUCAUCCUCCAACGGUACCCAGAGUUGUUGAAACCGCCGGACACGUCGGAGUCGCUUUACAGCGACAGGAACUCCUCGUACGACAACGUGGAGAAGAGGAACGAGAGGGAGGAGGCUGGAGACAGCAGGAAGGACCAAAUCUAUGACUCCUCCGAAUGGGAGACGCCAUUGGAGACGGACGAGAGCGACGUGGAGAGGAUGAAGAGGAACAAGAGCUUCAAAGAGCGUUUGGACCCCCUUCUCUCCCCUCCAAGAUUGCAAGCCCUUAGAAAUCGUGACAACGGGGGUACAGGCUCGAGCAUAAGGUCGUACGCCCUUCAGUUGGCAGCGGACAAGACGACCACAUUCUCGCAAAACAUCGACAAUUUUAUCCAAUGCACGAAGGAAGGGAAAGAAGCGAGCCCGCACGUGGUGAUGAGAAACAUGCGACAAUUUAUGUCCGGGAUGAAGAACUACUUGGUGAAGCAUGGUGAAAGGGAAUUCGAGAAAGAGGUGGAGAAAGAAAGGCUCAAGUUGAAGCCGAACGAGUUCUUGAAUUUGGACGCUAUUCUAGAAGGGGUGAUGAUGGGCUUGGUGGUCAGGCCGCUCAGAGAGCACGUUUACAGACUGUUUGUCGAGCAUUACGCGACUACUGGUUCAUUGCAAACCCUCGCCGAGAGCAUACAGCACGCCCAGGGGAAACACGUCCAGGAUCUCGGUGUUCGACCAAAGAUUAUACCCCCGUCGGAGUCAAGUUUAGAGCGGAUCCUGAAAUAUAUUGAUCGUCUUCAGAAAGCGGAUUCGCCUCUAGACAAAUUGGAAAAUCUUCUAGCGGCCAUUUCAGCGAUUUUCAACUCCGUAAAGCACGCAAAUUCUGGCAGACACGUAACGCUGGGCGCAGACGAUCUUCUCCCCCUUCUAGUUUGGGUAUUGGUUCGUGGCAAGGUUGUGGACGCAGAGGUGGAAGCUGAGUACAUGUGGGGUUUGCUUCAUCCCUCUCUUCUCACUGGUGAAGGGGGAUAUUAUUUGACGACCUUGUCCAGCGCAGUUCACGUCUUGAAGACGUUCAAGUCCAGCCAGGGAACGAUGUCCACUUUAAAUGGUUGUGGAACACCAGACUGUUCAUCCGUACUACGAAUUUUAGUACCAGAUGAACUGCAUGGAUCCCUGAACACCAGAACGCUACCUGUACGACCAAAUAUGAACACCAGAGAGAUUUGUCGCAUUCUUGCGCAUAAAAUCAGAUGCACCAAUCCUCAGGACUAUGGACUGUUCAAAUUGGUCCAAGGAGAAGAAACCUUACUCGGCGACCACGAGUGUCCACAAGAGCUCUCUCACUGCCUUUUCGCUUACAAGCGGAUCGACGCAAAGAUAGCCUGGCCGAAAACCAGUUCUUAAUAGGCGUUGCGAAUAGAAGGCUACUUAGGGGAAACGAUAUCGAUUUCGUGGUGACAAGGCUAAUAAAUUUCAAGCACCUGUCUUUAUUGUUAUUAUUAGUUUCGUGCUAGCACCGUGUUUUUUUUUCAAUUGUGUUUCAAUUCUUUGUAUCUUUACACGUAUGUUUGAAUGGAGUAUGAGUUCGAAUUUUUCAAUCUAGAGCAGAAAAUUUAGCUUUUAUAAAACGUAUACUGCCAGAUAUAGCUAACUUUCGACUGAUCACUGUAAAAGAAGAAGAAAUUGAAAGCGACCAAGAAAGAAGAAAAGAGAUCUAUACUUUCAUUAUGUAUCCGAUAUUUAAAUUAUUGUAAUCUUCAUUAUUAUAUUGGUUGUUUCUUAAUGUUAAAAAGUACUGCCCAUAUAUGAACUUCAGAAAACAGAUAUUUUUAGCUGCGACGAUCCAAAGAUAUUCUAAAUUAUGUAGCUAGAGAGUGUGAUUAAAGUGCAAUCUAGUAGUGCAAUGUCUAGCUAGAAACGAUCUCAAAGAAUGAUUUUAUCGAAUGCAGCUGAAAAAUCGAAAAGGCAGAAUGCGAUCGAAUGAACAAUAUUCUUCGUAAUCGCGUUUAAUUUACUUGCAAGCAGGUGCUAGAGAAUCGAAUCGGCUGGGGACGAGGCUUUAGCUUCGCAGUUACACGUUUGUGAACACGAGAUCGAGUAAAUUUCCGCCAAACGACCGUUUCUCCUUCGUAAAAGUAUAAAAACGAAGAAAAAGAAUCGUGUAUUACUCAGUAUUUCGAUAUUUUGCGAAACUUUAACGAUAACGAAGUUACUAAUUAAGUCUCGUUAGUAAAAUAGGAUUCGAAUCGAAGGGGUUACUAUUGAAAAUUUCUCGCAUUAGAAAAGACAAAAAAGACAAGAGUUUUUAGUCUUUUACUUGGAAAAAAAAAAGAAAUAAAUUAUAUGUAUUCUUCCACUUCGAAACCUACUUUACAAGAGGAUAUUAUUAUACGUUUUUUAUACGGGAUGAAAUCUCUAAAAUAGAACAGCCAAAUGUCUCUCUCACGUUUUUAAAUUUUAUCGCAAACAAUAUUACGAAAUGAAGAUUUAUAGAUUAGUAGCUAUUAAUUGUUUUAAUUAUUUUUAAUUAUUUUUAUCCGAUAAUUUUUAUAUUUUAUAAUUUCAUUCUGUUUCCUAUAAUAUUUUAUUAUAAAUAAAUAAUUAUGAUAUAAAUAAUUUUUGAAACAAUUUUAUCUUGAAUAAAUUAUUUAUAUUUAUAUGAAAAAAAGAGAAAGAAGAAAAAAAGAGACAUCUGGAUGGUCUCUGUUAGGGAUGAUUCAAGCCUAUAAAGUAUAAUCGAGUAAAAAUUAUAGGGAAUCAUUUCCCCUCUUGAUACAAAUUUAUUAUUAGACUUAGAAGCACGGAAAGCUAGUUUAGACUCUAUUUUAAGUACUUUCUUGACGAGACGUUGGCGGAUUAUACACAAGCAAUUUAUACUUUUAAGCGGACGUCGCAUAUUUAUUGGGAAGUUGUACACAAUAUUUUACUUAUCACCGCUCAUCGGAUAUUUUCUUUUUCUUUUUUUUUUUUUUUUUGUCGCGCGAGCGCGUGUCGCUUCUUCCUUUUUUCGAAAUCUGCCAGGCUGAUUUGCUUACCUAAUAUAAUUAUUAUAACUAUUAUUAUUAUUAUUACUAUUAUUAUUAUUAUUAUUAUUAUUAUUAUAAAAGGCUGUGGAACUAAUUAAUCUCACUUCAGAAAUGAGUAAUAAAAUAAAAUGACCAGAGUUCGAUCAUGUUUGUUUCCGGGGCUUGUAUGGGAGAUGAAUGGGGGAAGGGGUGGGUGGGAGGGGGGAGGGGAUAAGUCGUGGAGCAAAUAUUUUACUACUUGAAACUCUCGUACAAAUCAGCCUUGCAAUUGUUAUUAUUAUCUUAAUAAGAAAAUAAGAAAAGGAAAAAAAAAAAAAAAGACGAAAAAAAGGUGAAAAAUAACACAGAUGUGUAGCCCUCGAUGAUACGUGUAAUGAUAAAUAAUUAUUAGCGAUUUAUAAAUGUACAUUUUUCUCCUUUAUAUAUAUAUAUAUAUGUCGUAUCUAAUUUAUUACGAAGCGAAUUUUUAAUACCCGUGUAAUGUCGUAAUUAAUAAUCCCCCUUCAGCAUUCAACGUGCUUUUCGAUUUCCCCCCCCGAAUUCAAUUGAUUACGAUUAAUCGUAACGUUAAUAUGCUUCUAAUAUGCUAGUCAAGCCGAUACAAAUCAGAAGUUCGUAAAAGAAUACCGUUUCUCUCUCCUCUUAUUCUCUAUUUUCUCUCUCUCUCUCUCUCUCUCUUUCUCUCUAUUUGUCCCCUUUCGUGAAUGUAAUAACUCACGUGAUAGUUUCCACUUUUUGAAAAAGAAAAAAAAAA